AUGUCUAAACUUUCUCCUGAGCAGCAGCAGUUAUGUAUAGAGAUUACUGCCGCACUCAAGGCAAGUCCUGGAGCCGAGAUGUUUAAUGAGCCAGUCGAUCCAAAAAAACAAGGAGCUCCAAAUUACUUGAAAAAAAUUCGAAACCCUCAAGAUUUAGGAACAAUUAUGCACAGAAUUGAAGCUUCUCAGUAUGAAAGUGUUACCCAGUGGGAGCAGGAUAUCAAUACCGUUUGGUCAAACGCUGUUUCUUAUAACGGAGAAGGCUCUUUUGUUGGCAAUUUAGCAGAACAUAUGGCUAAACACUUUAAGAAACUUAAGAGACGCCUUGAUUACUUCAGUUUAGCUGGUUGGACAAAGCAUAUAUAUAAUCUUCGUCAAGAUUUUGAGAAACUUUUAGCUCAAGCACCUCCUUCACUCGGACCUAUUACAAGCAAGCUUAACAAACACCCAUCCUUAAUUAUUGAACCGCUUACUUCUCAAGAAAUUUCGCAAAUCAUCAAAGCAAGCCAAAUUAUCAACGAACCACAAGAUUUAGAAGCAAUAUCACAAAUUCUUAAGAAGAACGAGCCGAAAGCAAAUCUAGAGCAAGAAACUUUAAUUCUUGACGUUAAUAAUCUUUCUCCAAUUACUUUACAUGAAAUGCGGAAUUACUAUAAAAAACAAUGCAUAGAGCGCUCGAUAGCUUACCCUCAGUAG